GUCAGUACAAUUCCUUUAUUCUCACUCACUCUCUCUCUCUCUGUGAGAGAAGCUGCUGCAACCACAUGUUCAGCUUCAGUUUCACACACCCCGAGAAGAAGAAGAAUGGAACAGAGAAUUUGCAACCCUCCCUGCCUUUUGCUCUUCAUUCACUCUUGUUGUUUUCUUCUUAUCUCUUUCCCGGCAUCUGUCCAAGCUUACAAGAACUACACUGUGGGUGAUUCUUUGGGUUGGUACGACACUCUUGAGAAACCCUCUGUCAAUUACCAGAAAUGGGCUGCCGGCAAGAAUUUCAGCCUCGGAGAUUUCCUCAUUUUCAACACGGACAAUAAUCAUUCUGUUAUCCAAACAUAUAACGUGACCACCUACAAACUUUGUGACUAUGAGGAUGCUCAAGAAGAUGACACAAUCCAAUGGUCGGACGCGAAUCCAUCGUCCACCAGCCCACAUCCGGUCUCGGUGGCAGUUCCACUACUCAAAGAAGGGAUGACAUAUUUCUUUUCUAGUGAUUAUGAUGGCGAGCAAUGCAAUAAUGGCCAGCAUUUGAUGAUUAAUGUGACUCAUGGAAAAGGGUUGCCAAAGAGUUUGGAAAACCCUGCUGAAGAAUCCCCGGGACCGAUAAGUCAAAAUGCCGGUGAUGAUGAAUCAGUGCCGGAUACGAUCGUUCCAUCAAAUUUCAAUAACCCCAAUGAAGAAAAUGCUGAUAGUGAACCAUCUGGAUCUGUUUCAUUGUCAAUGCAUUGGAAGCUCAAAGACAGGACACUAAAUGGGAUUUUGGCUUUGUUAGUGCUGGUUUGUUUGUUAUCAUAAGUUGAGUUUCUUUUAUUUUAUUUAAAUUUGUUUAUUUGUUUGGCUUUAAUUUUUUAUAUCGUUACCUAGUGUUUGUGUGAUGGGGGAUUUAUUUUAAUAUUGUAGAGCAAAUAAGUAAAAAAAGAGAGUAUUAUUAUCAGCUUUUCUUC